GUAUCUUCCACUCGCCAGCUGAUCGGCCUCGACUCCCGGUGCGGUCCGUCGGACUGUACGCGGCCGUUAAUUUCUUGAUUUUUGUCUAAAUUACGUCGAAUUCAUAGUAACGGCCGCUCGUGUCCGCAUCCUUCACAUCUUACGCUGCAUUUUCAGCUCGGGGAUUUCGCUGUAAAGCAUUUUUGAUUAAACGUCGAGCCGAGGAAUUCCCGCACAAGCACUAGGCCGCGAGCGGAUCCCCGGUGUUUCCUGCAGAAACCUGCCGCCUUCACAUCGCUACCAUGGGGGACACAGGAAGCGAGCGCAGCAAGCCGCCUAGUAUUCCUCCCCGCUGCCCUUGUGGAUUUUGGGGGUAAGACGAUUCGUUUUACACGUCCAGCAAAACCAUGAACCUUUGCUCUAAAUGUUUUGCUGACAUACAGAAGAAACAGCCAGACGAGGACUGCACUCCAGAGCCCGCCCCCAGCUCAAGCAAUAGCCAAUCAGCAGUCUUCUGUAACGAGACGAGCAGCAGCAGUAGCCAAACCCUGUCCUCCAAGCCAGCCAGCUCUGAAGAGCCCUCAACAGAAGCCACGCCUCUUCCUGCACAGGAUGAAGUCUCCAGUACAGACACAGCUCGCGGCACGCUAUCCACUCCUACAAAACGACCCUGCGACUCAGCCUCAGGUUCGGAGAGCGAGUCGUCUCCGGAGAAGCGUGUUCGUGUGGGAGAGGCCUCAUGUUCUGAAGAUUCUCCACGAGUUCCCAAGCAGAAGAACCGUCGGCGGUGCCAUCGCUGCCAAACCAAACUGGAGCUUGUACAACAGGAGCUGGGGUCCUGUCGCUGUGGUUAUGUGUUCUGCAUGUUGCACCGGUUGCCGGAGCAACACGACUGUAUGUUUGACCAUCUGGGACGCGGCCGAGAGGAAGCCGUGCUGAAGAUGGUGAAACUGGACCGCAAGGUGGGCCGAACCUGCCAGCGCAUCGGAGAGGAGUGCUCUUGAACGCCCCCCUGCAUACACACACACACACACACACACACACUCACUCGCAAACACACACACACACGCACACACACACACGUAUCCACCGACCACACGACUCACUCACCUGUUAGUGGCAUCUUUUUUCCUCCAACACAUCUCAGAGGACCUACACCCCUGCUUGACCUCUGACCUCUGACCUGUGACCCCUCUCAGUAGCCUCGUGCUCAUCACACACAGGCGACCCGCACAGCCUUAACUUUCUGUUAUCUGUCCUUCCACACACCUCCGAACGCAGGUCAGCAGGUCAGACGAAUUUGGCGGUCUGUAUUUUGGAGAACUGCUCUCGUCUCGGAGGCUGCGAUCGACUCCAGGGGAAACACAUCGAUCGAUCGAGACCUCUGGGAACUUCUGCUCCGGACGUUGCGAUGACAGACACCGACCGAGGGAAGGGGGGGCGACCUGGAUCCGCAUGAGUCACCCCGUCCCGGGACAAAACGAAAAAGAAAGGCCGGCUCUGCCGCGGCCCGUGGGCUCGAGCCGCGUCAGAGCCGUGCCCGUUUCACUGGCGUACACUCACACUCACAUAUGCACUUACAGCCGUGUUUUCAAACGCCGCUCGGCACGAGGGCCGAGGCGAAACCAGACGGUACCCUUCGGUUUGGGUUCGGUUGGGAAAGGGCCGCCCACAGCUCAUCUGAGAACUAGUUCGUUCAGGUCUGAAUAAACACACUCUGUAACCUCGUACGACUCCCAUCAGCCCUUGCAUCAUGCACUCUGCCUCUUUUAAAGCAGCUGAAGAUCUCGGUGGCUUUUUUUGCCCUUUUUUCUGGCUUUCUCUCCUUCAUUCUCACUAGUUCCUGUACUUUCUCCUGCCUGCUCAUGCUAACCUUUCUUUCUAUAUUCUCUUGAUGCGUUCUCUUUUGUUUUUCUUUCUUUCCUUCCCUCCCUCACAUGCAUUAUGGAGGGAUGUGUUCAGCUCUGGUGGGAACGAGGAAGGCGGAGCCUCAAUUUACCUGCGCUUUUUUUUUUGUUUUGUUUAAAAUUUUUUAUUAUUAUUACUUUGACUGGUUUUCUGUUGAGAUGUCGACAUGGACAGAACUGAAGAAAAGAGAUGAAUAUUGUGUAUCUUAAGAAAAAUCCUUAUUUAACCUCCUUUGUGUUUCUGGUUAACUCUCACUCUAAGCAUAGAGCUGCAUUACUUUGUCCUUUUUAGGUUAACAUUAAAAAAACAUACAAAAAACGAAGAUAUGGAUAAGAUAAAAUUCUGUAGCCUUUCUUUUUUUGUUUUCUUGUUUUCCUUUUUUUCCUUUCCUCUUUUGCUGAAAAAGAAUAAAACUGGAUUAGAGGA